AUGGAGAGGAGGAUGAAUGACAAGACCACAUCCCAGUCAGCCAUGAGGAUUACCUCCUGUCAAGUCGACUCUUUUUGCUGUUGUAGCUGUGGUAGCCCUCACUGUGGUGUCACUACUCUGAAGCGAAAACCACACCGAAAACCCAAGUACCAGUACAGCAAGAAGCCGGUCCCUCAGGUCACCGCUCACAGCCCUCUGACCACCAAGGCUCUGAAGGCAGCGGACAGCGGCAGCCCUGUGGAGCCCUACCCACUGGCCACCACAGAGAGGACCACCUACCCAAGUCACAUCUUCCCCGAGUACAACACCGAGAGCACCGGGCCUCCUGGUGCUGGCCAUGAGAACUACACCCUGGAUUAUAACGAGUGUUACUUCAACUUCUGUGAGUGCUGUCCACCUGAGAGAGGCCCCCGGGGCCCAAAGGGAGACAGAGGACUGCCAGGAGCACCAGGUGAAAAAGGCGAGCCAGGACCCAGCGGUUUUCCUGGACUGCAUGGUCUGAGGGGUGCUAUGGGGUUUAAAGGAGACAAAGGAGAAAAAGGUGACCGAGGAAAUAUUGGCUUGGCUGGGACAACAGGAAUUCCAGGGAAACCAGGAGAGAAAGGUGACACUGGCUCCAAAGGUGAGAAAGGUGAAAUAGGACCACGUGGUGCCAAAGGUCAUUGUGGGGAGAAAGGUGAACGUGGCCAGAAUGGGAGCAUUGGUGGGAAAGGAGAACCAGGAAAGGAGGGGCCAGCUGGACCACCGGGACUGGCUGGAGCACAGGGUCUAAAAGGAGACAAGGGGGAUAAAGGGGAGUGUGGCACAUUGGGAGAGAGAGGACAAAAAGGUGAGCGAGGGGACAUUGGGCCUCCUGGUGUACCAGGAGGAAUGGGCCCUCCUGGAUUGAAUGGCAAGAAUGGUCUCCCAGGUCCUACAGGCCCUCCAGGAGAUCCAGGGCAUCCGGGAGCACAAGGUGAGCCAGGGGUCAGAGGGCCACAGGGACCACAGGGGAUAAGGGGGAUGUCCGGGCCAAAAGGGGACAGAGGUUAUCCUGGGAUGAGAGGGGAGAGGGGUAUUCGCGGGAUCAAAGGGGCCAGGGGAGCAGGGGUCCCACAGAAACGCUCUGCCUUCAGUGUAGGCAUCUCUCCCAGCAAAUCGUUCCCUCCCUCUGGCUUCCCCAUCCGCUUCGACAAGGUCUUCUACAACGAGGAGAACCACUUCAACAUCUCUGCCAACUGCUUCACAUGCGUUCAUGCUGGGGUUUAUGUCUUCUCCUUCCACAUCACUGUGCGCAAUCGGCCACUGCGUGCCACCCUGGUGGUGAACGGGUCGCGGCGUGUAAGGACGCGGGACUCCCUUUACGGCCAAGACAUCGACCAGGCAUCCUCUCUGGUGGUGCUGCGGCUGGCGGUGGGCGACCAGGUGUGGCUGGAGACUCUGAGAGACUGGAAUGGAGCUUAUGCCAGCAGUGAGGAUGACAGCAUCUUUUCUGGAUUCUUGCUGUACUCGGACAAAGUCUGA